AUGUUCCCGAAGCCGGAGACUGGGACGCAGCGGACUCCGGUGACGCGGGGUGAUAGGUUCAGGCAGGGGGAACGCCGGGGCUCCGAGCGGCAGGUCUUCAGGGGAGGCCGUGCGACAUCCUCCCCCAGCUUCCGAAGAUGCCAGAAGCGGGGCUCCCAGCAGACGCCAGGACCGGGGCCCAGUUUGCGGCAGGGCGGGCGGCCCCUGAGCGCAGCAGGCCUUGCGGCAUCGACGCUGUGUCCUCUGGCGUGGGUCACCUUCCGGACGAUGGUCCCGGCGGUGGGGAUUUUUUUUAAGUCAGACACAGGCACAGCUGUUGCACAGAAAACCCAAAGCCUCAGACCCUUCAAGCAGAGGAAGAGUUUAGCAACCGGACUAGAGGAAGUUGCUGGAAUCCGGGCAAAGUUCCCAAACAAGGUCCCGGUGAUAGUGGAGCGCUACCCCGGGGAGAAGUUCCUGCCUCCGCUGGACAAGACCAAGUUCCUGGUCCCGCAGGGGCUGACCAUGACCCAGUUCCUCAGCGUCGUCCGGAGCCGCCUGGUCCUCGGGGCCACUGAAGCCUUUUAUUUGCUGGUGAACAACAAGAGCCUGGUGAGCAUGAGUGUGACCAUGGCAGAAGUCUACAGGGACUUCAAGGACAAGGACGGCUUUGUGUACGUGACCUACGCUUCCCAGGAGAUGUUCGGCUGCCCGGGGUCAGGGCAGACCCUGCCAUCCUCUCCAGAACGUGUCGGGAACCAGUCCUUGAACCCGUGGAGGGAUGGAGCGCCUCCUGUGUGUGUGUCGGGCCAUCCAGGGAGCCGUGCUGCACAUCUGUGAUCGGCAGCGCCCCCACGACAGGAGGUCCGGCCGUCCCUGUAUCUUUGUGGGGCUCCUUGCUCUUGUGCGCUCUGAGACAGCGGGGGGCUCCUGGGAUUCUGUACCUACUGAGUCUCUUCCGAGUAAGAAUCGGUGAGCUUGUGUGAUGGUUUUCUGCGAUGAGCUGGGGAUGGAUUUUAA